CUGAUUCGUAUCCUCCUGUCAAAUUAGUAAACAGUCAAGUCAUUCAUUCUGUGUUUCUUGUAAGAUUCGAUCAAGGAUGGCCGCAACAUUGGAAGAUAAAUCUAUUUGGGAGGAUGGCGAGGAGUCUUUAGGCGAGGAAGUGCUGCGAAUGUCCACGGAUGAGCUGGUUAGCCGAACUCGCUUGAUGGAUAAUGAGAUCAAAAUCAUGAAAAGUGAGGUUAUGCGGAUUACCCACGAAAUACAAACGCAAACAGACAAAAUAAAGGAUAAUACUGAAAAGAUAAAGGUGAACAAAACUCUGCCUUAUUUGGUAUCAAACGUCAUCGAGCUGCUUGACGUCGACCCGCAAGAGGAAGAGGAAGACGGAGCAGUUUUGGUCUUGGACAACCAACGAAAGGGAAAAUGUGCUGUUAUAAAGACUUCUACAAGGCAAGCCUACUUCUUACCAGUAAUAGGCUUGGUCGACGCAGAAAAGCUGAAGCCCGGCGACUUGGUAGGUGUAAACAAAGACUCGUAUUUGAUCCUUGAAACUUUGCCGGCCGAGUACGAUGCCCGAGUCAAGGCAAUGGAGGUGGAUGAACGCCCAACUGAACAAUAUUCAGAUAUUGGAGGCCUCGAUAAACAGAUCCAGGAAUUGAUUGAAGCUGUUGUGCUGCCAAUGACACAUAAGGACAAAUUUAAAAAUUUAGGAAUUCACCCCCCGAAGGGAGUCCUGUUGUACGGGCCGCCUGGAACUGGCAAAACUCUCCUGGCAAGAGCAUGUGCUGCUCAGACAAAGUCCACAUUCUUGAAGCUCGCCGGCCCCCAACUCGUCCAGAUGUUCAUUGGUGACGGUGCAAAAUUGGUCCGUGACGCCUUUGCUCUGGCAAAGGAAAAGUCGCCUGCCAUCAUUUUCAUUGACGAACUUGAUGCAAUCGGCACAAAGCGUUUCGACUCUGAGAAGGCGGGCGAUCGCGAAGUGCAACGAACAAUGUUGGAGCUCCUGAAUCAACUCGACGGCUUCAGCUCAACGGCCGACAUAAAAGUUAUUGCAGCAACAAAUCGUGUUGAUAUCUUGGAUCCGGCUCUUCUGCGAUCCGGUCGUUUGGAUCGGAAGAUCGAAUUCCCCCAUCCAAAUGAAGAGGCUCGAGCUCGAAUCAUGCAAAUUCACUCGAGAAAGAUGAAUGUUUGCCCCGACGUGAACUUCGAGGAAUUGGCAAGAUCCACCGAUGACUUCAACGGAGCCCAGUGUAAGGCUGUGUGUGUCGAAGCGGGUAUGAUCGCGCUGCGCAGGUCGGCAACGAGCGUCACCCACGAGGACUUCAUGGAUGCCAUCAUGGAAGUCCAAGCCAAGAAGAAGGCGAAUCUUAAUUAUUAUGCUUAGAAUAUACGAAAUUUCUAUAAUUGUGAAGUAGUUUCGAACGACUAUCUGAAAACAUUUAAGUGGAAACUGUAUCACCGAGCGUUUGGUAUUUACAAUAAAAUUCUAUUCCUUUAAUGCAA